UGCAGACAAUGGCGUCAACGGCCGUUUGAAAUUCAAUUUGAAUGUUUACAAUAAUUCCCUAUUGUCGUAUUUUUUUAUAAUUUAAUAACGUCUAUUCGUUUUUAAAUGUUAAUGAUCGUAUAGAUAUGGUCUUAGAAACUCCGAUAUCUUCGAAACCUAGCCUCGCUCGGCUUAGCAGCAGCGGGGGCAGCAACAAUUCUAUUCGACGUCGAAGUUUGAUACCAAGCCGCGUUACUGAGAGAAACGAGGACAGAAAUGAUGAUGAUGCAGAACGGUCAUCCCUGGUGGCUUCGGAGCGUGCGGUGGCGACAUCCACACCGCACGCAUCACCGCGACGCCCGCGCGACACCAUGUCUUCGUCUCCUCAGAAAGAACAUUUCCAAGGCUGCCUUAAGCUUUAUGCAGAAAAUAAAAUAAAUAAAGACAAUGCGUGGAAUCUACAACUUAUAGACUUCAUGACUUCAAUGUUGAGGAGGCAUGACUCUCGCAUGGACAACCUACAGACAGCGUCUACUGUGGUGGACGCAUCAGCCAGAAUUUAUUCAUUCAGAGUGGAUGCUGUGCAUUAUGAUGUACUUAAAAUGGCUGGUGGAUUGAGCAAGGCUGCUCAGACUAAAAGAGGCAAGAAAGAUGAUGAUUGUGCAAGCCAAGACGAAGGUGCUGUGGACGGUGACGCGGCGCCACAAGUAAAGAAAAAGAAGAAACGGUCAAAGGGCGCCAUUGCAGCAAACCCUGAGGUGUUCAAUGGCGACUUCGAUGCAAAUGAUUGUAUAGAUCCUUUCUUUGAGAGGCUAGCUGCAACUACUGGUGAUGUUACUUCAUCCAAUCGAGCAUUUAAUGCUUCUCUACCAAUUCAUGACAAGACAUUGGCUUUGAUAUUGAGGACUGACGAGCUUUUCCUUGAGCCCAUAAAAGAAAAUAUUGCAGAAGACAUAGACCUUACUGACCAGAUCUGUUUAGCGUUAAAAAUGCUUCCUGCUUUUCUGGAGACAGACAAAAUAUGUGAACCUUUUACUGGAUUUUCUAUUAGCAACUGGGAUCCCGAUACUGAGGAGAAUGACAGUAAUCGCAUCAACAACUGGGUGGAAGAAAACCGCCUGAACUUGUCUCAACAAGCACUCGCCUUUGAUGUCAACGCUGAAGUGGAGCCAAUACCACAAGAUGAUAUACACAAUGAUUUAUUUGAGGACGAGCCGCUAGGCGGUAUAGACAGCGAAGAGGACGCAGAAGCAGCUCUGGCCGCGUGUGCCGUACGAGCGCCCCCCGCUCCCAUGGCGCGCCUCACCGACAUGCGGCCCAGCGCGCCCCACGACACGCGCCUCGAGUACUCCUACUGCGGCUCCAUCGUGGCCGCGUGGGCCGGGCCCGCGCACUGGCGCCUCAGGAACAACCGCGCGUCAAAACAAUCGGAACGAACACAAUCCACCGGACCGGGCGGACGAUUGACCGUCGACGGCAAGAAGCCGGCGCGGACGAAACGACAGCUAGACUUCUUGGGCGCCGGACUAGCGGUCGACAGCAGAUCUACACCCACGGGCGAAUACGAACCAACGCAGCCUGCUAAGAUCAUGAUCAGCCGGAAGACUCUGGCCACCGGACACACGUGGAAUGAGGCUAACUUCAAGACGCCCAUAGACAGGGGGUUAGACGAGUCGCAUUUCCGCAAACUGUUCCUGCGCCAGAGCGUAGUUAUGGCGCGCAAGCGUGAGUUGGAACGCAGCCGGCGCCCCGAGUCCGGCCCCGCGCAGGGCGGCGACACCGAGCCCCUCACUGUGGACGCGCCCCCUGAAUACGACUACAACAACGAGAACGACGCCUCCUACUGCCCUAAUAAUGUGCCGGAUGGAGACGAGUGGGGCAACGAAGACGGGACUGCAGCAGGCGAUUUACAUGACCAAGCGAAGGCGGCCGAGCCUGAGGAGAUUGGGGAUAUGCUCGAACCCCCCACUAAGGUGGCUAAAAUCUUCAUACCGUACGCGAUGCGGGCGAAAAAAGUGGACAUGAAACAAUUGAAACACUGCACAUGGAAGAUGUUGACAGAGAAGACACCAGAAGGAGAGAAAGAGGACGUAUCCAAGACGACAUUCUUCUCUGUAUACACAAAACUCCCGAGCAAACUGUCUACGAACAUGCGAGAGUCGCUCAGUGUGCCAUUAGCACUUCUAUCCAUCCUCCAUUUAGCGAACGAAAAAGGACUCAUAUUAGAGAAGAGAGAAACCCUAAACGACAUCGGAAUAUUGGGGUUAAUCAAGUCUAACAAGUGAUCCUUUAUCGUACCAAAACUGGGAAUUAAUAUUGGAAAAUGUAGUGUUUGUCUGAAGCACGUUUUGUAGUAAUUUGAGAUACAUAUAUUGCAGUUUCCCUAUAGGAUAGCCAUAAUUUUGUAUAGUCUUUUAAUUAUAACAUAAGACGAAAGCCAUAACUACUUAACAGUCAAUAGAUUUUCAAACUUAUUUUUAUAAAUAUUUUACACAAACUCGUAGUAUAAAUUUAUAGUUAAUGUUGAGCAUUAACUUCAUGUAUAUAAUGUAAUGGAAUAAAUAUUAUUUGAUUACAAAUGUUACAGUAAACUAUUAAGUUUCAUAACAAUUGUACAGACGUUUUGUAAUGCACAUUAAUCCUUCUACUUUGAGUAUUUAUAACAAGUAAAAAACAAUAAUGUUGAAAAUGUAUUUUUAU